GGCGCGGGGUCCCCCCUCGGACGGCGGCGCGAUGGUGCAGGCCGCCCGGGGAGCCGUGAGCUCGGGGUUUGAACCCGCCAACUUCUCCAGCGGGCCGGGGCGAGCGCCAGCGCGGCGGCCAGGGCGAGUGACACGCAGAGCGGAAACCAUGGUUCAUCAGGUGCUCUACCGGGCGCUGGUCUCCACCAGGUGGCUGGCGGAGUCUGUCCGGACUGGCAAGCUGGGGCCCGGCCUGCGGGUGCUGGACGCAUCCUGGUACUCACCGGGCACGCGCAACGCCCGCAAGGAGUACCUAGAGCGCCAUGUGCCUGGCGCAUCUUUCUUUGACAUAGAGGAGUGCCGGGACACGGCGUCGCCCUACGAGAUGAUGCUGCCCAGCGAGGCGAGCUUCGCCGACUACGUGGGCCGCCUGGGCAUAAGCAACCACACGCACGUGGUGGUGUAUGAUGGUGACAACCUGGGCAGCUUCUAUGCUCCGCGGGUCUGGUGGAUGUUCCGUGUGUUUGGCCACCGUACAGUGUCAGUGCUCAAUGGUGGCUUCCGGAACUGGCUGAAGGAGGGCCACCCGGUGACAUCUGAGCCCUCACACCCGGAGCCGGCCAUCUUCAAAGCCACACUGGACCGCUCCCUGCUCAAGACCUAUGAGCAGGUGCUGGAGAACCUUGAAUCUAAGAGGUUCCGGCUGGUGGAUUCACGGUCCCAAGGGCGGUACCUGGGCACCGAGCCGGAGCCGGAUGCAGUAGGGCUAGACUCGGGCCACAUCCGCGGCUCAGUCAACAUGCCAUUCAUGGACUUCCUGACUGAGGACGGCUUCGAGAAGAGCCCAGAGGAGCUCCGUGCUCUGUUCCAGGACAAGAAGGUGGAUCUCUCGCAGCCCCUCAUUGCCACGUGCCGCAAGGGGGUCACCGCCUGCCACAUUGCCCUGGCAGCCUACCUCUGCGGCAAGCCCGACGUGGCCGUUUACGACGGCUCCUGGUCCGAGUGGUUCCGCCGGGCUCCGCCAGAGACCCGUGUGUCCCAGGGGAAGGGCGGGAAGGCCUGAGCCAUGACCUCUCUCCUGCUCACCGUAACUGCAGCCGGUUUAGUGACCCCGGCACGACCUGCAGCUGGUUCGUACCUGUUAGAUGAAGGAGAUUGACAUGUUUUUAGAAUUGCUGUGCAAAGUUCACCCUUUCCCUGUCAACACUGAAAUAAACUUUGCCUUUUCUGA